GGCAGCAGUGACCAGAAUAAAAACAGCAACACCAGACUCAGAGUGGGGGGGAAAAGCAGAGUCGUCUCCCCUCUUGUAAUGACACAGCGUCUCCCCCGUAUCUUUUUACCUUUCUCACUCUACUUGUCCGCUCUUUGAGACCUCGGGGAAGAGGUAAUUAGCUGGGAGAGAAUAAAACCAGCUGAUCGGGAGAGGGGUGGUGCAUUCUGGAGAGAGAUGGCUAACAGAAACACUCUCUUGCUCGUCUGUGGAGUCGUCCUCCUAGCGUUGAUUCAGUCCUCUCUUCAAGGAGGUGUGUAUGUGCCACCUGGUUCUGGAUAUAGACCAGGCGCUCCUUUGCCAGGGACUGGAUAUUUUCCAGGGUCAGCUGGAGGUGGUCCUGCAGGCUAUAAACCAGCAAAACCUGGAGCAGUAGGAGGUUAUGGCGGUGGAGGCCGAGGAGUUGGGACCGGCGGUUUGGUACCAGGAGGAGUGGGAACGGGCAGCCUUGGCUACGGAGGGCUGCCAGCAGGACAAGGAGGAAAGCCUCCAAAACCAGGUUAUGGAAAUCUAGGAACUGGGAUCGGCGGUUACGGAGGAUAUGGUGGCGGUACUGGAGGGUUUUACCCGUCACAAAAAGCUGCUGCCAAAGCAGGUGCUGGAGCAGGAGUGGGACCUGGAGGUGCUGGAACUGGACCCGGUGGAGCACCUGUUAUUCCUCAGACAGGCCUUCCAGGAGGAGCCGGUGGUGCAGCAGGAAAGAAAGCUGCCAAAGUGCCAGGUGUGGGUGUUCCUGGACUUUACCAAGGAGGAAUUGUACCAGGAACUGGCUUUGGUGGCCGUGGGGUUCUGCCUGGGGUCGCUACUGGAACAAACCUAAAUCCCAAAUCAAUUGGAGGACAACAAGGGGGCCAAGUCCCAGGAACCAGAGGGUUUGGUGGGCCAAUGCAGCCAGGUGUAUUCCAUGGUUACCCCCUCAAAUCACCCAAAGCGCAAGGGGGCUACGGUGCUAAACCUGGAGGUGGCAAAGUUCCCUAUGGUUACGGGAGUUAUGGUGUUGGUGGAGCCGGACUUCCAGGAGGAAAAGCUGGUCCUGGAUCAAAGCCUGGUUAUCCUUUCGGAACUGGAGUGGGUCCUGGAGGCUUCUUACCUUCUCAAUCUAAAGCUGCUAAAUAUGGUGCUGGCGUUGGUGGUGUCGGAGGCGUUGGUGGUGUUGGUGGCGUUGGAGGUGUCGGAGGCGUUGGAGGCGUUGGUGGUACUGGUGGACUAUAUCCAGGGCAGGUGCCAGGAGGAUAUGGACCUGGGUCCAAGGCUGCUAAAUAUGGAGUACCAGGAGGAGUACCGGGAGGAGUACCAGGAGGAGUACCGGGAGGAGUUCCUGGAGGAGUACCUGGAGGAGUACCUGGAGGAGUACCGGGAGGAGUACCUGGAGGUGCACCAAUUGGAGUACCAGGGGGAGGUGGAUACCUCCAACCAGGAAAAGCUGCCAAAUAUGGACUAGGCGGAGUCGGGGGAACGGGAGGAGUCGGAGGAACAGGAGUAGCAGGAAUAGGAGGAGUCGGAGGAAUAGGAGGAGUGGGAGGUGGUGGAUACUCUCCUGCAGCCAAGGCUGCCAAGUAUGGUGUUGUACCAAGAGUUGGUGGAGGAGUCGGUGGUGCAGGUGUUCCUGGAACACAGUUUCUACCUGGAUAUGGAUCUCCUCAAACAGGCCUCGGAGGAGUAGGAGUCCCUGGUGGAGGAGGACAGGUGCUACCUGGCGGUGGCUAUGGUGGUUAUGGAGGCGGUGCAGGGGUCAAACCUCCAAAGUAUGGAGUUCCAGGAGGAGUUGGAACAGGAUUUGGAUAUGCAGGACUGGGAGGAGCAGGAGGAGCGGGAGGAGGGCCUUUUGUCCCAGCAGGGGGACAAUACUCUGCAGCAGCAAAAGCUGCCAAAUAUGGAGUUGCAACAGGUGGUGCUGGAACAGGAGUGGGAGCAGGAGGAACAUUAGGAGCCCAAGGAGCCGGACAAUAUUCUGCAGCAGCCAAAGCAGCUAAAUACGGAGUCACAGGUGGUGCUGGGACAGGACUGGGAACAGGAGGACUGGGAACAAGAGGACUUGGAACAGGAGGACUGGGAACAGGAGGACUUGGAGGGGUACAAGAAGGUGGACAGUACUCUGCUGCUGCAAAAGCUGCUAAAUACGGUGGUGCUGGGACUGGACUGGUACCAGGAGUAGGAGGAGGGACUGGACUGGUACCAGGAGUAGGAGGAGUACCAGGAGGUGGACAAUACUCUGCUGCUGCAAAAGCUGCUAAAUAUGGUGGUGCUGGAACAGGACUGGUACCAGGAGGAGUGGGAGGAACACAAGGAGGUAUCGGACCUGGUGCGACUCCGGACACGUCCGUCAGCGGCAUUGCAAAUGGCUCCGUAUCGGCUGUAAAACCAGGGAAGGAAGUAGGUGUUGGCGGAACUCCUCAGCCAGGGCCCACUCCUAUCGCUGCACUUAAUAAGGCCCCAGAGGUCCCACAGCCCUGCAUUGGCACAACUGGUGGACAAGUUCAACCCGGCGCUGGAGUCAAACCACCAAAGCCAUAUGUACCAGUUCCAGGUGCAGGUGGAUAUGGAUAUCCAUAUGGAGUUCCUUACGGUACUGGUACCGGUACGGGUAUCGGCACCGUGCCUGGGCAGGGAGCAGGAACAGGAGUGAAAUAUCCAGUUGCAGGAGGCAGAGUAGGAAUCCCUCUGGCUGCAGGAGGCUAUCAAAUUGGACAGGCGGGAGCUGGUGGUGGAGUCAAACCACCCAAACCAGGUUAUGGUAACCUUGGAGGAGGAGGAGUUUAUCAGCCAGGUGGUGCUGGGACGGGACUGGGACCUGGAGGAGCACCAGUCGCACCAGGAGGUGGACAAUACUCUGCUGCUGCAAAAGCUGCUAAAUAUGGUCUUCAAUCAGGAGUUGGACCAGGAGGAGUUCAAACAGGUGUGGUUCCUGGUUAUGGUGGAGGAUACCCUCAGCAAUACGCCCCAGGUCAAUAUGCGCCAGCCUCACUGACCCCACAACAAGCCAAGGCAGCAAAGUAUGGUGCGCUGCAGGGCUUCCUUGGCGGAGGAGGAGGCGGAGGAGGCGGAGGGUUCUACAGAGGUGGCGCUGCAGGAUGCCAGGGUAAAUACUGUGGGAGGAGGAAGUAGAGGAUCUCCAGAUCCAGUGACCUCAAGACACCAUGGUGCUACUGCAUGAUCUAGAAUGUACAUUUUAUAUGCAAACAAAGCCCGAUUAGACAACCUGUAUAGAUGUUUGUUGUUGCUUACUUGACUUCAAUGUCUGUUUUUCUACAAACCCACCGACCCAGAAUUUUGUACACGUUCUGUUGUGAACAUAUGUUAUAGAUAGUGCCUUUUGAUUAUCAUGUAUGUGUUCCAGUUAAUCAGCUUUGACUCUUUGUACCCCGUCACAGGAGUUAGAAAUGCUUUGUGUCUUCAGUGAGUGUGUGUGUUUUUAUUGUGAUGAUCAGGCUGACCUUUGUGUUUUAACCCCUAUGGACGUGUCUCGCCCGUCUGAGCAGAACUCGCCGCCUCUCGGGGAGGGUUGGUUUGGUCAAAGCUCGCCCAAACACUGAUCAGAUCUGUCCAAUCUGCUCCCCGCUCUUCCUCCGCUGCUAUUUUUAGCCGUGCUGAGUGUAAAGCGGCAGGAGCUUGCUCGGGCCAACCCAUCUGCUCUGAGAUUUUGCUGAUUCUUGUCGCUGUGCAGUGAAGUCUUCUCAGCACUUUCUGAUCUUUGAACAACAGAGAGAUGAACGCAAUUGAAACGUCUUUUAAUGCUUUACAGGGAGAGAAAAGCAGCCGGCCAGACGUAGAUGUCAGGCUGACAUGAACUUUAUGUGUGGUUGAAUGUUGGGUGUGUAGUCUCAUUCAUUAUUAUUUUAUUUUACCUGUUAUAAGUGUUUGGACUCAUAGCUGUAUUGUUAUCAGGAAAGCAUAAAACAAGAACAAUCUUUUUGCAUUUAUCCUCUGUUACUAAUUAUUGCAGGCUUUGUUUAAUGGGGGAGGAUGUGCAUUUAUGUGAGACAUAAAAAUCCUCUUGAUUAUUUACUUGAGCUGCUUUUAUCAGGCUUUACUGACCAAAGGUUUCUGAGUGCUGUUGCCAAUGUGACCGCAUCUCUCCGUGUGUAACUAUGUACUGUAUUUUUGACUAAUUUUGAUGUUAGCUGGCUUCAGUUUCUUCCACUCGGGGCUGCGUGAGAACUGUCUUUGAGCCUCGCCGGGUUGGACCAUGUCGGAUGUGACGUGGGACUCUCUUCAUCUUUAUUUAAAACUGUUGUCAGAAGGAGGAAUGGUGUGGUUUUGCACUUUUUUUUAUGAUCUCCACGACACAUGCGACUCGAUCCUAGACAUCCUGGCAAUGUCUUUUCUUUAACAGAUAACAAAAUAAAUGUGUUUAAAGAAUUUGUUUUC